AUGCACUCCCUAUUACUGCUCAUGUUCUCUAAAUUUGAUUCUAUAUCGUCUUUGACGGAGAUCUGCUACGGAUGCGGCGGUGGGUGUGGCCGCGACAAUGGUUCUUCAGGUGGUGGUGAUAGGGUUCGUCUAAGCUCAUGGAUUGUUUUAGGGUUUGUGAGCUUUGUUUGGGCUUAUGGUUAA